GGUUCAUGCUAGGCUAGCUCUAGGCGCUCGCGCUGUGAAGAAGCUUUGGCGAUGGCGAUGGCGCAGCUCCGGCUGGAGUCUGGAGCGGCGCUGGCGGGCGGUCUCCCACAAUGUUCUCUUCUUGCGGCGCCUGGUGUUCGCUGUGCGUCGGAGAGAUUGCUGGAUUGUGAGCAAGGGCUUCGGAUUCACAAUCCAGUAGGGCGCAAAUUCUUGUCGAGAUCAGUGUCGAGGAGAAGAGUAUGGAUUCCAGUUGUUCAAGCCACCAGUACUGCUCGCGACGGUGACGAUACGAAGACUGGAACCAAGAAACUUUUCAAGCUGCCCGGGACGCUCAAGCUUCGUAAGAAGGACACCACUGUGGUGUUUGUAGCAGGAGCCACAGGGAAUGUUGGCUCCAGGACUGUCAAGGAGCUUGUAAAGUCUGGACUGCGAGUUCGUGCUGGAGUGCGAAGCAUUGACAAGGCUGAAAGUAUUCUAGGGGAAACUAUCAGCUCGAUCACAGCCUCCUCACCUUUGGACAGAGUGCUUGCGUUUUUCGGUUUGAGAAAAGACGAUCAGCUAGAGAUCAUAGAUUGCGACUUGGAAAAGCCAGAGGAAAUCGAGUCUGCUCUAGGAAAUUCUGGGGUUGUCAUCUGCGCAAUCGGUGCCAGUGAGAAGGAGGUUCUGGACGUGACUGGGCCGUAUAGAAUCGACUACGAAGCAACGAAAAAUCUCAUAGCGGCAGCCAAGAAUGCAGAGGUGAAGCAUUUCAUUCUUGUUACAUCCCUGGGAACGACUAAGUUUGGUUUGCCGGCAUCUGUACUCAAUUUGUUCUGGGGAGUUUUAAUCUGGAAAGCAAAAGCGGAGAAGGCUUUAAUUGACAGCGGUCUGGCUUACACAAUUGUUAGACCGGGAGGAAUGGAGCGGCCGACUGAUGCAUUUAAAGAAACUCACAAUCUUAGGCUAGCUCCAAAGGAUACAUUUACUGGUGGCCAAGUAUCAAGGCUUCAGGUAGCUGAAUUGCUAGCUUGCAUUGCGAACAAUCUGGAGCUUGCCGAGGACAAAAUUUUGGAAGCAAUAGCGGAGACAAGUGCGCCACUACGUUCUCUCGAAGACCUUUUGAUAGAAAUUCCGUCCCAGAGUGGGAAGGACGAACCUGAUAGGAAAAGCACUCCAGCUCAAGCUGCUGUAAAGGGGAAAGAUGAAGAGGCAUUGGCAAAAGCUGAAGAAAAGCGUGAAAGUGAACAGCUGAAACAAAAAGAAGCACAAAAUGAAGCGAAACGCAAAGCCGCUGAAGCGAAGAGAGCUCAGGAUGAGGCGAAAAGAAAGGCCGUAGAGGCGAAAAAAACUCAAGAAUUACGUCAAAAAAUUUCAAAAGAACUCUCAGCUUUGAAACAACAGGAGAUGGCUGCAGAUGCUGAGGCAAAAAGUCUUCAAAGAAAAAGAAUCGAACUGUCAGAGAAAGCACAAGAAGCGCAAGAAGCAGCUGCGAAAGCGGAGGCCGUCGCCAAAGCUUUACUUGCAGCAGCCAAAGAAGGGAAAACGUUGAGCGAGGUAGAAAAGCGUAAGAUUUUGGAGGCGGAGGCAAAGAAAGUGUCGCAGCCACCGGAAAUCAUUACCAAAACUGCCGUUCCGAAAGCUUCAAAGAAAGUCGCUUCCCUCAAAGAGACUUCCAAAUCCAAAGUAACGGACAAGGUUUUGGAAGCAUCAGUGAAAAAUGAACCGAAGGCGGAAACGAUUCCCCCAAGUAAGAAGUCCACAGAAACAACUCAAGCAGGAGCGAAAGGAGUGGCAACAGCUGACCAGCUUCAGACAAAGAAACCUCAAAAGCCCGUUCCGACGAAGACACCACAAAAUUUGGCUGCUGGCAAGCCGGCAACAAAAUCCGAGGAGCUUCAAAGUAAGCCUGAAAGUCCCACUGAGGAGGUCGAGCAGACUGUUAAAAAGGUGGAGAACGCAAAGCCAGAACCUGCAAAUGAAACCCAGCCAAAGGUUCUACCGACGGAGAAGGAGGAUACCACCGAAAGCGAACCAGCACGACAACCAUUUCGAUGGUUUUGGCAACAAAAAGAGACCGCAAAGUCUUACGAAGCGGAAGCAGAAGCAGAAGCAGAAGCAGAGGCACCUUCCACAGAAGCUACUCUGUCUCCUUAUCCCCGAUAUCCUGACCUCAAGCCUCCUAGCUCUCCGACUCCAGAACCUCUAAGUGAGAGCGAGGCACCCAGUGAAGCGCCAAAUCAAGCACCAAGUGAAGCGCCACAGGCUACUAAAGAAAACGCUGAGAUGACUAGUCGAGAGAGGGAGGAGGCCUCUCUCUUGAAAGCAAAGUCGAAUCUAGCGUUUCGUUGGCCGUGGCAGGACGAAAAUAUUACGGAAACUCCAACAUCAGAGCAAGGAGAAAGUGAAGCACCAUCUUCUGACAUCUUAUCCAGUGCGAGUCAAAAAGAAGCUGUAGAAAGAGUUAACGAUGCAGCAACAAAAGAUCAAUCCAGUGUGAUUCAAGAAGAGAAACAAGAAGAGCCAUCGGAAGCUAUCAUUGCUACAGACGAAGACAGUCCCAGUGUGAUUCCAAAAGAAGCUGAGGACGCAACUGAGGCUGCGGCUACAACUGCCUCCACAGACAUUCGUGCUCCAGAGACUUCUUCGCCCGAGAAAGAAAUAGUUUUGGAAGACAAAGGCAAACUUGAUUCAGAGGCUGUGCAGUUUGAUCCCCAAAGGGUGAAGGAACGAGAACUAGAUUCCCUGGCAAAGGCUAAAGCAGCAACAGCUUUUGUUUGGCCCUGGAAAGUAGCUUCUGCUGGAGAGAAGAAGGGAGAGAAGAAGGUGGAGAAGGAUGAAUCAGAGAAGGUGGAGAAGGAUGAACCAAAGAAGAAGGUGGUCGAGGCAAUCCAGGUGGAUACUCCACCUAUUAUCAGUUCAAGGCCACUUUCCCCGUAUCCCAGCUAUCCCGACUGGAAGCCUCCAACUUCUCCAACGCCCCAGCCUCCGAAGACGGUGCAAAAGGCCGCCGAGGAACCGGGACCUGUUAAGCCUCUCGAGAAGAUAGCAGAAAAGCCUCUGGGGAAGAUCGAAGAAAAGCUUGCGACGGAAGCAGAUGACAAGGAACAGCCAGAUUUCUCGGCUGCCACAGUGAAAGAAAGAGAAGAGGCUGCUCUUGCAAAAGCCAGAGCUGCACUUUCCUGGCGUUGGAAUGCAAGCGCCGAGGACGUGAAAAUCAACUCUGGAAGCUCACAAUCAUCACUCGAGCUAAAGGCUACCACGAGUCCCGUAUUUGAGGAAGCUGCCAUCACACCAACACCAAUCGUGCCAUUGUCACGACCUUUAUCACCUUAUGCCAGGUAUGAGGACUUAAAGCCGCCAGCCUCUCCAAUGCCCAGGCCGCCAAGAGUAGAGGCUGUAAAGGAAGUUCCAAAGAAACACAAAAUGCCACAGACUUCAAGUGCUAGUGUUGGUGACGCUCUUGUUAGUGACGUGGUGGAUGAAGCAGCUGAAGAAGCAAAGUCUAGAGCUGUAGAAGCUCUAGAGAAGGCGAAAGCAUCUGCAGGGAUGAAAUGGCCUUGGGUCUAAAUGCUUGUAACCAUAUUUAUUAAUAAGAGGAUGGAAGCCCAAGCAACUGUACUGAUUUUGUAA